UUCGUUUGCAGACUCACAUUAUUGAACUAUGAAUUUUGAAAAGUUCUUGUUUCCUCCACCGCCUCUACCUGGGAAUAGAACAUCAAUGCAGCUGGGGCCACCGUCUGAGCUUGCACCAGUUAUCCAGAGAUAUCAUUUUUACAACGAUCUUAUUGCUGGAAUUUUAAGUAUCACAAUUGGUAGUUUGCUCAUUUUUCUAGUCACAACUAGAAUUUCAACGCCCACGAGAUUAUUCAAGAAAGUUCAAGCAAUUUCAAAGUGCACGGAGAUUUUGUUUAGCGCGAGUUAUAUUCUGACAGCUCCGGUAUUCACAUCAAUUGUAAUGAACGAUACAUUUUCUGGUCUAAUGAUUGUCAACACUGGAUGGCAAUUCAAUUUUCAUUUCAGUCAAAUAUUUCUUUCAGCAGCUCUAUUUUUACUCACUGAGCAAAUAUUUCUAGCGCCAUGGCAUUAUUAUAUUAGAUAUGCACAAGUUUGCAGAAAGGGCGCCGGAUGUAUUGACGUAUCAAUUAUAGUUGUUUUGAAUAUUAUUCUACAAAUUCUAACUUCAAUGAACCUAUGCUACGCAGCUCUUCCGACUAGUGAGGACAUACAAUUACUACAAGAGAUUGCAAAUAAGUUUACUUUAUCAUAUUCCGCAUUUCUUCUUUUGUCUUAUAAAAAAGAAGUGGACUCUGUUGCGGACUCUGUCGACAAAGUUCUAUCGAUUAUUUCAGCAGUUAGUUAUGUAUCAAGUCUAGUAUUUUCAAUUUUUCUCAUGAUAUUUUUCACUAUUAAAAUGAACCUCAAAAUUCGAGAAUCUACAAAUACGAGCAGCAAUUUGCUAGAGUUGCAGAGGAAAUUAAAUAGGCUGCUUUUGGCGCAGUUUUUCUCCCCAUUAAUAUUUAUUCAAGUUCCAUUCUACUAUUCAGUCCUUGGCCCAAUUGUUGGACUGUCGCAAGGCCUUGUAACAGACCUUUUCCCUCUCCUCUUUGCCUGGUCACCUGUUUUCAACACAUUUCUCAUUUUCAUUCUAAACUCUGAAAUCCGAAGUGCUCUCAUCGGAAAACAACGUACGUCCACAACAUCUGAUGCUCGACGAUCAGUUGGUGGUAAUCAAAACUGA